AUGACCAUCGCCACAACUGCUACGGCAUCCGCAGCCACAACAGCAGCUGCUAGCAACGCUUUUUUCGUAGCCGGCGGCGUGAAACUCGGCGACAGUGGUGACGACAACAACGACAGCAGCAGUGAAACUGCUCUCUCGCAUACUUUCAAGUCACCUCUUCUCAGGCAGAUGCUCGGUAGCAAAUUGAAAGCUGGGAAAGUUGCGUCUACAGUUGCCACUACUACUACUACUACUACUACUACGGCCACUUCUGCUGUUGCUUCAACUACAGCUACUACAACUUUUGUUGCUGCAACCAGCCAGGAUCAUGUCGCCGCAACUUCUGAUAAUGUUGUGGAAGCUGCAUCUGAAAGUUUAGGGAUGGUUGGAGUGAAGUCAGAAAAUCCUGAAAUGAGUAUGAAGGCGUCUGUCGAGAAGGAGAAUGACGUCACAACGCCCACAAAUGUGGUGGUCGAUGAAGUUACUGCAAAAAUCGGAAUGCUUUCCUCUGCUGAGCCACAAUCAACGGAAGAUUAUGAAGACAAAAUGUCUCCGAUAGCUGAUGCUGUUGAACCUGAUAAGAUAGACAUGGAAGGUGUAGUAGCAACGACAGCGUCAUCGUCACUACCACAAAUACCGCAACAUCAACAGCAUGGAUUCCUAGAUGUCGAGAGAGAUGAUUCAGCGCAGCAAAAUGUUGACAACGUCGUUGGAGUUGGUGUUCGACACAAUGUAACAGAGGAAAUCGUUGGAGAGACGAACCACAUGUUAAAAAUUUUUCGGGCUUAUCAAUUUUCAAUAGUUCAAUAUCAGUUUUUAAAAGUUUCAUAG